GACCUCUCUCUCUCUCUCUCUCUCUCUCUCUCUCUCUCUCUCUGUCUCUCAUCUACUCCAUCUCAAUCUUAUACGAGAUCCCUCCCUAAGUUUAGUGGGGCUUCUACUUCCUCUCUCUUGUUCUAACACACUUGCACACACCGCCACCUAGAUCUAGGUUUGCUCGUUCGCUCGCUACCUCAUAUAUUGGUCAGUACAAGAUCGACCGACAUAUAUACACGUACUGACGUUGGUUUAGAGCUAGGAGUCUUAGAGACACGACUAGUAAUAGCGAGCGAGGAUCGGAGAAGAAACAGAUCGAUCGGCUCAAUUCGACGGGUAGCUAUCGGAAACAUGAGUCCGGCAGUAGCAACACCAACGGCAACAAUAGCAGCAGCGACUAAUUUGGGAGGCGGAGGAGCUGCAGGUCAGUUUGGGGAUACGACGUAUACCAAGGUGUUUGUUGGAGGAUUGGCUUGGGAGACCCAGAAGGAUACCAUGAAGAAAUACUUUGAGCAGUUUGGUGACAUCUUGGAGGCUGUUGUCAUCACUGACAAGGCCACUGGCAGAUCCAAGGGCUAUGGAUUUGUAACCUUUCGCGAAGCGGAAGCAGCGAUGAGAGCUUGUGUCGAUGCUGCCCCAGUGAUAGAUGGAAGGAGAGCCAACUGCAAUCUUGCUUCUCUUGGUGUUCAGAGAUCCAAGCCAUCUACUCCAAAGCAUGGUGGAGGAGGAGCUAGGAACUUUAGGGUAAUGGCGGGAUCAAUAUUCCAAGCUGCAGGUGGAGUUGGAGUUGGAGUCGGAUCGGGUUUUACAGCAGCUUCUGCAGCAACCGCAUUCCCAGCUCAUCAUCAUUAUGCCGCCAUUCAACAAGGGAUUCCUGCUGCCGCUGCUGCUGCUUACAAUCUUUAUGCCACCCCAGGGUACUCUGCAUACUCGCCAGAAUACACUUACCCUACGAACUACUACGGCCUAUACGGAGGGGGAGCAACAAACCAGUAUCCAGUGUACGGAGCAGCAGGUGGGAUGCUGACGGGAGGAGCUGCAGCAGCAGCCUUUUACCCGUAUCUUCAGUACGGUGAAGCAGCUAAUGGAGGUGCCGCUGCCUAUACUACUUCUGGGGCGCAGAAUGUUGGAUAUGGUGGCAUCCAAUACCCACAUCAUCAUCAUAAUCUCUAUCAGUAUUCAGCUGCUGCACUAGGAGGCUACCAGCACUAUGCUCCCUCCAUGUCUCUUGCACCCUCUCCCGCGUUGCAAUCACCAGUGUGUUUUGCUGUGCCACAGGCGUGACCAUGUCUCUUCCUGCUGCACCAUCAAUUCCGGUUCCAGCUCAUCGCUAGUAGCACUACUACUCGAUCAUGAUCAUCAUAAGUUCCAAAUGCAUUUGGCUCCUCCUUCAUCAACUUCAACUCUUCUGAUCUCAACCGAUCAUCAGCUGCAUGCUUCUCAAAUUUCAUCAUCAUCGAUCUCCUCGAUCAUUCCUUUGGCUUAACCAUGGUUCACAUCACAUCCCUUUCUCACUUGCCGUCUAACAUAAGUUAGCCCAAGCUGCUUUGGCGUUUGGGCUAACUCAUUGCGUGCAUGCAUGCACACAUGAUAUAUAGAGAGCCUCGCGUAGCGGCUUUCUACAAUCAAAUCAUUCAUUCAUUGUCCAAUAUAAACACAUGCAUGAGUAGAAUGCAUGCAUCUUCUGAAAACAAGGGUACACGGGUUCCCUUAAUGAAUCACAAGAUCAACUAAAUCAUACAUGUUUCUAACCAACAACUCAAGGCUAUAUUUGGUUUAGUUUUUAAGUUGGACCUAACUUUUUCUUUUCUUUCCUUUUCUUCUUUUAAUUACUUCUCGGCCUUGGAGAGGCCGAUCGAGAGGCAGGGAAAGCAAAUCUUGCGCACUCUCAUCAUGCAUAUAACUUUUUAGCCCAGGAAGGCUAAUCAAAGACAUAAAAUGGUUUGCAAAUAUUGUAAAUUCAACACAAAUAGCAAACCGCUUCACUUUCAAUGUUAGUUUUAGAUUAUAUAGGAAAGAAAAAACACAUGGGGAUGCAUGGAAUUGCAUGCCUCAAUAUUUUGGCUGUUAACAUCUAGGCUUAGGAUUUUGCAACUAGCUAGGUACGUAGUAGCAGUCAUGUUUCAUCAAAGCUUUAAUUACCAACUUAAUUUUCUGGUUUUGACAGCUUUUAAAUGAAAUGUGUAUAACCAUCUUCCCUUGGGUUUGGGGAGCAAGAAUACUAACCCCUUUUUGUUAGUUUCUUUUAAAUGUAAGAAUGUGGCUAAACUAUGGGAGUCUUAGCCCCAUUUCACUAAUUUAAGUAGGAAGAAUAGUGUUUUCUUUAGUUAACAGUUAUAUUAUAGCUAGCCCAGCUAGUAUAUUUCGUCAUCCUUUUGAUAACUCCAUUAAUGGAUGUGGAGCUCAAAAGCAUCUGCAUGUAACCCUGGGGAGAUAUUUUGGUUCCCUUGGGUUCUUCUCCACUAAUAUUGCACCAACCAUGGUUAGGACUUAGGGUUCUUCUUCUUCUUCUUCUUCUUCUUCUUCUUCUUCUUCUCAUAAUCAUCAGAAUCAUCGAUCACCAUAUCUGUCUCUCAGUUCAUCUCAUCGAUCAGUACUGUUUAAUAUGUAUUGGAUUGUAAUUAGAGAUCGUACUAAGUACAAGUAAGAAUUUUCAUUUUCCGGCGAUGUUGCUUGAGAAUUGAUAUGCUACUUAACUACCAAGUACUCUGCUUUUUUCAAUUAUUUUAGUUUUUAUGCUUAUUGCUGAUGCUAUUAAUGAGAUUCUUAUUUCCUCUCUUA